AUGGAUGGCUUGUUAGACGCAGAAGCCAGUGAAGAUGACGAAGAAGAUGAGGAAAAUAGUGAAGAUGAUGAAGAGGAAGACUCUGACAAGGAGUUGAACGAGUUGUUGGGAGAGGAAGAAGACCCAAGCGACUACGACUCAGAAAAUUUCUCCGAUGAACCUCAGGAAUCUGAUACUAGAUCUAUAACCGAUGCCAUCUCUGGUGUAAAGAUCAGAUCUCUUUCAGACAUUUCUUCCCAAGACAAACAAGAAUUCCACACCAAGUAUUCUGACGGUUCGGAAAGAAUCAUCAAGCCGGAAAUAGAGCCUGUGUAUGACAGUGACGACAGUGAUGCCGAAAACUUCAAUACCAUUGGGGACAUUCCCUUGUCUGCCUACGAUGAAAUGCCACAUUUGGGUUACGACAUCAACGGGAAGAGAAUAAUGAGACCAGCCAAGGGUUCUGCUCUCGAUCAAUUGUUGGAGUCUAUUGACUUGCCUCAGGGCUGGACCGGACUUUUGGACCAAAACACUGGUUCAUCUUUGAACUUGACAGAUGAAGAGUUGGAAUUGAUCAGAAAGAUCCAACAACAGGAAAACACAGAUGCAAAUAUCGAUCCAUACGAAGCUACCAUCGAGUGGUUCACAUCUAAGGUGGAAGUAAUGCCCUUAACAGCAGUUCCUGAGCCAAAGAGAAGAUUUGUUCCUUCCAAACACGAAGCCAAGAGAGUUAUGAAGAUUGUCAGGGCCAUCAGGGAAGGAAGAAUUAUUCCUCCAAGUAAGGUGAAGGAGCAGAUUGAAGAAGAAAGACUCAACUAUGACUUGUGGAAUGACGAUGACAUCGCUGUUGAAGACCAUAUCAUGAACUUGAGAGCUCCUAAAUUGCCUCCUCCAACCAACGAAGAAUCCUACAACCCCCCUGAGGAAUACCUUUUGACCGAAGAAGAGAAAAAGCAAUGGGAACUGUUGGAUCCUGCUGACAGAGAAAGAAAUUUCCUUCCUCAGAAGUUUGGAGCUUUGAGAAAAGUUCCUGGCUACCAAGAAAGCGUGCGUGAAAGAUUCGAAAGAUGCUUGGACUUGUAUUUGGCUCCUAGAGUUCGUCACAAUAAGUUGAACAUUGAUCCCGAAAGUUUGAUUCCUGAAUUACCCUCUCCAAAGGAUUUAAGACCAUUCCCUAUCCGUUGUUCUACCGUCUACCAGGGCCAUACUGACAAGAUCAGAACUAUUUCUAUUGAUCCUCAAGGCUUGUGGUUGGCCACUGGUUCAGAUGAUGGUAGUGUCAGAAUUUGGGAAAUCUUGACAGGAAGACAAGUGUUCAAUGUUCAGUUGAUCAACAAAGAAAUAAACGACGAAGACCAUAUCGAGAGUUUGGAAUGGAACCCAGACUCCCAAACCGGGAUUUUGGCUGUCUGUGCUGGUGAGAACAUCUACUUGGUUGUUCCACCAAUUUUCGGCUUUGAUAUCGAAAACAUGGGUAGAUUGAGAAUCGAAUCCGGUUGGGGUUAUGACACUUUUGGUAACAAGACCAAGGAGGAAAAGUUCAAGAAUGACGAGGGCAAUGAAGAUGAAGAUGACGAAGAUGAUAGUGCCACUUCCACUGCUGUCAAGAAGGACGUAGCCAGAUGGUUUCCUCCAAAUCAGGAACAGACCAAGCUCGGUAUAUCUGCCAUUAUCCAGUGUCGUAAGACUGUCAAGAAGGUGUCGUGGCAUAGAAAAGGAGACUACUUCGUCACCGUGUCUCCAGAUAGCAAGAACACAGCCGUAUUGAUUCAUCAAUUAUCCAAGCAUUUAUCCCAAUCUCCAUUCAAGAAGUCCAAGGGUAUCAUCAUGGACGCCAAAUUCCAUCCAUUCAAACCACAAUUGUUUGUAGCCUCGCAACGUCAAGUGAGAAUCUACGACUUGGCCCAACAAGUAUUGGUCAAGAAGUUGAUGCCAGGUGUGAGAUUGUUGUCUACCAUCGAUAUACACCCUAGAGGUGACAACUUGUUAGCAUCUUCUUACGACAAGAGAGUAUUGUGGCACGACUUGGAUUUGAGUGCCACUCCUUACAAAACUUUAAGAUACCACGAGAAGGCAGUCAGAUCAAUCAAGUUCCACAAGGGUAACUUGCCGUUGUUUGCAUCUGCCUCUGACGAUGGUAACAUUCAUAUUUUCCACGGUACCGUGUACGACGACUUGAUGACUAACCCAUUGUUAGUGCCUUUGAAGAAGUUGACUGGUCACAAGAUUGUGAACAGUAUUGGUAUCUUGGAUUUGAUUUGGCAUCCAAAGGAAGCCUGGUUAUUCAGUGCCGGUGCUGAUGGAACCGCUCGUCUCUGGACAACCUGA